AUGUCACGUCCGUUCCCUUACACCUUUAUAUCUUGUCCUUGCGCCAACAUCCCUGUACCUGAUCCGGCGAAGAAACGGAGAUCGAGGGAGUCGCCGCAGAAAUCCAACCCCGAUCAACCCAAAUCUCUCCUGCGCCCGGAUGACGACGAAGACGAACAGGCUUUUGAUCCUCGGUCUCCGCGCGCCAAUUUCUCUCUGUAUCCCCCGGAGCAGCUGCUGUACUGCGAGGAUUGCCAUCAGAUCAAGUGCCCGCGAUGCAUAACGGAGGAGAUUGUGUGCUGGUACUGUCCGAACUGCCUGUUCGAGACGCCCAGCAGCAUGGUCCGGAGUGAGGGGAAUCGAUGCGCUCGCAAUUGCUUCAACUGCCCGAUAUGCACCGCCCCCUUGGGUGUAAACACCCUUGAGAACGUCGUGACAGGCGGCACCAGUCAACAAGGCCCCUGGGUGUUGUCCUGCGGAUACUGCAUGUGGUCGACUCUGGAUAUUGGCAUCAAGUUUGAUAAACCGACCAACAUCCGGACUCAACUGUCCAAGAUGACCGAAGUCACUCCUGCUCGCUCGAGACAAAUGUCUCGGACAUUCGGGGACCUCAAGUCUCCCCUCUCCACUUACUCCUCCAUCGAUGAGCAAUUCCUACCACCAGGCGAGACCAAGCCCGAAGACCCCCCUCUGGACCAACCCAGUGCUCCUCUCACUCCAGAUGCUCGAUUCCACGCCCUCAAGAACUUUUAUAAGAACCAGAUCUCCGCGACAUCCUCCUCCCCCACCGACCCCCUAGGCAUGGACUUCGGCUCUGGUUUCUCCUCUCCCGGUGCCCUAAACCGCAUCAUGUCCCUUUACACCUCUUCCUCCCGCCUCAGCAGCCUCUACGGCGGAGCCAACAAGAAGCCCAAAACCAAACCGCCCGUCAUGCGAGAAGCCCUCACGGCCAGCGAGGGUCUCAAGAUCCCCUCCCCGGACGCCGAAGACACACUCAUCGAACGCAUGUCUUCCCCGGACUGCGGAUGGGACGGUCUCGCCUCUAUCGAACAACGCGUCUUCCAGUCCCCAGACGCCCGGUUCGUAGAGGACCUCCUCCCGCUGCCCGUGCUACUUCGCACAAAACGGUCCAAACGAUGCAAGUCGUGCAAGCACAUCCUCGUCAAACCCGAACUGAAACCGCAGUCCACGCGGUUCCGCAUCCGCCUGAUUGCCCUCAGCUACAUUCCCCUGCCGACGUUACGGCCGCUGAACCCCAGUCCCUCCCCAGCCACCACCACGACCACCACCGUUCUCCCGGCGCCUUCAAGUUCCACGACGAACCCGAACCUGGACGCUCUCUCCCCACUCCGACCCAUCCAACUCCUCCUCACGCUAAAGAAUCACAUGUUCGAUCCCGUCCGCGUCACACUCGCCACGCCAUCCGUCACCCCUGGCCGCGUGGCCUCCAAAGUAACUAUCCUCUGUCCGCAAUUCGACAUUGGCGCCAACAGCGACGUGUGGGACGAAGCCCUCCAGGGUACUUCGGCUACCACUACCACGGCUACAUCCACGGGAACUGACCCCCGCGGAUCCCGAUCCGGAGGGCUCGGCGUGUACGAGAAAGUCGCAGAGGCCGGCAAAGUCUGGGACAAGGGACGGAACUGGACCACCGUGGUGUUGGAGGUCGUACCGGGGACAUUACCUGGUGGUGCGAAACAAACCUCCGCCAACAAUACCAAGAAAGACAAGAAAAAGAAGAAGGCUCCCGCCGAUGAUGAUCCAGACGACCAGGAUGACAACUCUGACGAUGGUGACUCCGACUCCGACCCGGGAUUUGACUGGAGUGGACAGACAUCUGACCCCAAUGAGCAGCUACAGCCGGAUGAAGAUGUGUUGGAGAUCCCGGUGUUUGUGCAUAUGGAAUGGGAUUCGGAUAAUCAGAUUGAUAGUGAGCAGGGGGUUGGGAGGGCUGGAGCGGGUGGAAGUGAUACGGUGAAGAGGGAGUUGGCGUAUUGGAUGGUGUUGGGGGUGGGGAGGAUAGUGAGGGAGAUUGUGUAG